AGCAGCACCAGAGGCAGCAGCAGCAGAAGCAGCAGCAGCAGAGGUACGAGACCAUCAGCAGUUUUCCUAUAACAAGUUUUUAGUACGUUUUCCGCCGUGUCAGCAGACAGUCGUGUAAUUCUUGCAGCGUGCCGCUACCUAGCUCGCUCCCACGUCUCAGCUGUCUCUUUCCCACAACAACAACAACAACAAAAAUACGACAACUAAACAACAACAAAAAAUAUAAAAUAAAAAAAAUAUAUACAAGCCACAAAUAAUAUUUAAAAAUUAAGAAAGAAAUUAACAAAAAUUCAACAAGAAAUUCUACGAAAAUUCUAAGCAAAAAAUUGUAUAAAAAUUCUACAUAAAUUUCCUGGAAAAUUGCAUCUAAAAUUUCCUUUAAAAAUUUCCUUCAAAACUUUCCAAAAUUUCUUGACAAAACUUCAAGCCAAGAAGAAAAAAAAUAAACCCAAAAAUCCUCUUGGAAAACUUGUAAUUUUUUUUAAAAGUGCUUUGUGUUUUUUUGGUUCCUAAAAAAAAUAAAAUACAUAAUGAAAUAUAAAAAAUAAAAUGCAGUGAACCUUGCCUUACAAAAAAAAAAUCAAUUAAGAAUUUAAAUCAAUUUAAUUUAUUUUUGUUUGUGUGCCUCUUCGAACGUGUUACUGUGCGAGCCACUUCCUGUGCAACCGGUCCAAAGGAAAAAAGAAAUCAAGAUAUAUAUAUCUAUAUAUAUAUAUAUAUGAGAAUCUCAUUCAUUCAGCAUCCGAUACCGCAAGAAGUUGCACCUGCAACACAUAACAACAACAACAACAACUACCAACAACAACAAAAGCAGUUGCCGUAAACCCGUUUUUUUUCCUUCAAAAAAAAAAAAAUAGGAAAAGCAUUGCCUCCAAGGCCAAACACACACAUUAACACUCACACACACACACAACCACACACAGGACUUGCAAGAAAAAAAACCAACAAUAAAAAAAAAAAUAUUUAAAGAAUUUUCUUAAAACAUUUUCCGGAAGACAUAUUUCUUUAUGACCAGUUAACAAAAACCCGCUGAUAAAAAAAAUGAAGAAAAUGCGUCAGAAAAUUCCUCUGAUCCUGCCGAUCCUGGUGAUUGUCCUGCUGCUGAUCCUGCAGCCCGUUGCCGUCCAAGCCAAAAAGAACAAGAACAAAUCGAAUCAAAAUCAACAUCACAGCGACUCCUCGUCCUCGAACUCGCAGUCCUCAUCGUCCUCGAUGGACGAAACAAAAUCAAAAAGCGGCGACAACGGCGGCCAACACUUCGCCAUGGAGCCGCAGGAUCAGACUGCGGUGGUGGGGUCAAGGGUCACGCUGCCGUGUCGCGUCAUGGAGAAGGUCGGCGCCCUGCAAUGGACCAAGGACGACUUCGGUUUGGGGCAACAUCGUAAUCUCAGUGGAUUCGAACGAUACUCGAUGGUGGGCAGUGACGAGGAGGGUGACUUCUCGCUGGACAUUUAUCCUUUGAUGCUGGACGACGAUGCCAAGUACCAGUGUCAGGUGGGUCCUGGACCGCAGGGCGAACAGGGCAUCCGGUCGAGAUUCGCCAAACUGACAGUCCUUGUGCCGCCCGAAGCGCCGAAGAUCCUGCAAGGCGACUAUCUGGUCACCACCGAGGAUCGUGAAAUUGAAUUGGAAUGCGUCUCAGUGGGCGGGAAGCCGGCGGCCGAAAUCACAUGGAUCGAUGGCCUUGGGAAUGUCCUCACCAAGGGCAUUGAGUAUGUCAAGGAGCCACUGGCCGAUUCCCGAAGGAUCACCGCCAAAUCCAUCCUCAAACUGGCCCCCAAAAAGGAGCAUCAUAAUACCACUUUUACGUGUCAGGCCCAAAAUACCGCCGAUCGAACAUAUCGAUCGGCAAAGCUACUGCUGGAGGUCAAAUAUGCGCCCAAGGUCACGGUGUCGGUGGUGGGUGGCGCCCUGGCGGGUGGCAAGAUCCCCGAGGGGGCCGAGGUCAUCCUAAGUUGUCAGGCGGAUGCCAAUCCUCACGAGCUCAGCUAUCGAUGGUUUAUCAACGAUGAACUCAUGACGGGGGAUUUUACUACAAAAAUGAUCAUUCACAAUGUGACCAGGCAGUACCAUGAUGCGAUUGUGAAAUGCGAAGUCGUUAAUGCCGUGGGAAAGAGCGAACAAAGCAAGACUCUGGAUAUAAGCUUUGGUCCAGUUUUUCGACAACGUCCUGUGAGUGUGGAAGCCGAUUUAGGAGCUACUGUCAGUAUGCGUUGUGAAGUGGCCGGAAACCCACCUCCCGAAAUCGAAUGGAUCAAUGAGAACAACGAUCAGAUUGUUAGCCAAGAAGCUGAAUUAAAAAUAAAAGUAAGCAGCGAGACAGCCGGAAGAUAUUUCUGCAAGGCUGUGGUUAAUGGAUUUCCGGAAAUUGGAGCCGAGGCUACCAUUUAUGUGAAAAGGGCACCGAUCAUCACCUCCCACAAGGUCCAGUUUGGGGGCGUGGGAAGUCGCGUGAAAAUUGAUUGUUUGGCAUUCAGUAUCCCCAAAGCGGAGCAUAUCCUUUGGUCCUUUGAGGGCAAGGUCAUCAACAUGAGCAGUGCCGAUCCGGAUAUUUACAUUUUUGAGGAACACCACUUGCCGGAGGGUGUGAGGGCCGCUCUCAUAAUCCGGGAUAGCAAGGCGUCGCACUUCGGCAAGUACAACUGUACGGUGAUGAACUCGUAUGGAGCUGAUUCUCUGGUGAUUAGUUUACUCCGAGAACCCGGAAAUAUCCCUGUUCUAUUGGUCGUAAUGGGUUCGAUGUUCUCCGUGGCCAUUAUCCUCAUGAUCGUGAUGAUAAUUAUCGUUUAUCGAAAGCGAAGGAGUCGCAAGAAGCCGAUGCCAGCGGAUGUGAUACCAGAGGCGUCCCGCGGUGGGGAUAAACUAAAUGAACUGAAAUCGGAACUCAGAUCGAAGGCCUAUGAUGUGGAGUACUCCGAGGCGGGUGGUGAUGGACUGGCCAUCAACUUGAAUCAAUCUCCUAUGCCUGAUGUUCAGAUGAAGGGCGCCACUUUGGGGGUACCUCUGGCCGGGCCCGUAAAGUUCGAUGAACGCUUCUCCGGGGACUUUGGCGGCGAUCGCUAUAAUCGCCAGUGUCAUAUCAAGAAUCUGAAGAACCAGCAGGAGACCUCCUACAAGGAGACACCACAGGCCAAUGGCUAUGCCCACUAUUUCGAGUAUGCUCUGGAUUACAGUCCUCCGGGCGAGAUGGCUGGGAAGUCGAAGAACGGCGGCAUGAACUCGGCCACCUUGCCGCAUUCGGCUGCCUCGGGAAAUGGUGGCACUAGUGGUGGGGCAGCUGGAGCAGGAGCAGCUGGUGGUGGUGGUGGUGCCAGCUUGCCGAGAAAUCAGCGCCAUGAACUCCAGCAAUCUCAAGCAAAUGGAUUCCUAGGACAACCUUUGCUACAAAAUGGCAUCGACAGUCGCUUCAGCGCCAUUUACGGGAAUCCCUAUCUCCGGACGAAUUCCUCCCUCCUGCCGCCCCUCCCGCCACCCAGCACCGCCAAUCCUGCGGCCACACCCGCCCCACCGCCAUACCACGCCGCCCGCCACGGCCACGGCCACGGCCAUCACAUGAACGGCGGUCUGAAGCACUUCGGCAGCGGCAGCGCCGCCAAUGCCGUUCUCAACACGAGUCCGGUGGGCAAUUUAACCGGAAGCGGAAACGGAAAUGGCGGAUCCUCGACUGCCGUUAGUCUGGCCAGCGGAAUGGGCGGCAUGUCCGGCAUGGGUGGCGUUGGGAUGGGUGGAAUUGGGGGCGGAGCCGGUGCCGGGGGCAGCGUUAGUGGCAGCAGUUCGAAUUUAACCGCCAGCAGUAAUACAUUGGCGGCCACGCCCCAAGCGGGAGGCGGCUUGGGGGGUCAGUGUGCCCAGAGUCCGUCCGGGCAGUUCAUCCUGCCCAACAAUGGCAAGGGGCACACACAAAAAGGACCUCUCGCCACACAUGUUUAAAUUGGCGAAUUCCUUUGUAAAACGAUAUAUAUCGUACGAUAUAUAUCGAUAAAUCAGUCGAUUAUCGGAAUGCAUAUACACCCUAUAAAUAAAACGCAUUAUAGAGCCAUUAGCCAUUCGUAAAUGUAUUCUAAUUUGUAAUGAAAAUAGUAAUUCAAAAAAACAAAAAAAAAAAGCGAAAAACUGAAAAACUUUUAGCCAACUAAGAGAAAGUGUGUAUGAAUGUUUUUUUUAUCGAUUAUUAAUCGAAAGUAGCAUAAUAAUCCUCAAGUUUAUAAGCUAUUUUUGUUUUCUAAGGCUGGUAAAUAUUUUUUUAUGCACUGAAAAAAAAUACUUAUAAUUUAUAAGCAAAUUUUUUGCACAAUUGUUCCUAAAGGCAGCCAAAUUUUUUUGAAAUUUUUCAAAAUAUUUCCUGCUAUUUCUUAAUUUUUUGUUUUAUCCCCAAACCUUGAAAGAAAAAUAGUUUAUACAACUUGAGAAAAAACUUAAAAAAUAUAUAUACAUUUAAAAAAAAAAAACAAAAACAAAAGAUAAGAAAACAAAAACCGUAUUGUGAUUUAUAGCGUUAAUUAUUUUAUGGCAAAACUCGAUGAAAAGUGAGAUGGCAAAUUAUAUCAACUAGUGCAAAUUUUAAGCUACUUAUCGAGUGGGUCUAUGGGACCUUGUCCCCCAAACCCCCUAAAAAAAACCAAAAAAAAAAGGAAUCAUAUAUCAAUUAAACGAAACGUAUCGAACACUGAAAAAAAAAAACAAAAAAGAACGACAUUUCAAAAAUAAAACCAACUACAAAACUUCAAAAGUUAAUUUUAAAACAGCGCGUUGCAUACAAUUUUAAAAGAAAACAAAAACAAAAAACCGAAAAUCAAUUUAAUUCAAUAUGAAAAUAAUUAUAAAAUGCCUGUAGUUAGUUCCAAGUAAACUAAAAAAAAAACUAAAACACAGAAAGCAGCAAGCAAAAAAAAAACCAUUUUCUAAGCCAAAAUUUAUCAAAUUUUUAGACUUAAAAAUAUAUAAAAUAUAUAUAUUAUGUGGAAAACUGAAUGCAGUGAGAAAACUUUUAGAGUAAGUGCUGAAUUUGACCUUUUUACCCGGUCAAGAUAGGCCAAAAUAAACAAAAAAUGGAUAGCAAGUAAAGACAGAAAGUAAAUAUAGACAGAAUCUCAAAAAUAUCAUUAAAAAAAAUACUAGUAAACUGGAAAGUUUACUUUGAAAAGCCCCCCAUUUUUUUCAAAUUCACAAAACACAAACUAAAAUCAAAUAUUUAAAUGUAAAAUAUUGGUGUUAUUUCAAAAUAUAUAUCACAAAUACAUAUAGCACCGAAAAGAAAACUUGAUCGGGUUCUAAAGGCCACAGCAUCCCAGCAUCCAUGUGAAAACGUAAAACUUUUUUUGUCUAGCUCUUAAGCAAAUAAAUUAAUUAAACUUUAAAUCAAUUAUGUAAAAAAAAAAAAACAAAGAAAAUAUUGUAUAUCGUAUAUAUAUAUUUAGAGCAUAAAUGUGUAAUGUCAACGCUUGAAUUAAAAAUGACUAGCUAAGAUUUAGAAUGAAUGAUAAAUUUAAACAAAUUUUUUUUUUGUGUUUUUUUUUCUGCUUAGUGGUUUAAGCCUAUUUAUAAAAAAUAUAAAAAAGAAAACGAAAAAUAAAUGUAAACAGUUUUAAAAAUAAACAAAAAAAAAAUUUGAACAAAACAAGCUUAGCAAGAAUUUGUAAAACAUUUGAGCGAUCUACCAAAAAAUGAAAAUUGAAUAAAAAAUCGAUAAGUAAAUGUAAAGCGUAAACAUUUUAACACAAAAUGCUGCCUUAUGAUUCCUUCUUGGGUUCUUAAUUCAUUAAGCCAAUUUUUUUUUUGUCUAUAAUAUAAAAAAUACGUAUUUAUCUAGAUUAAUAUACCGUAAAAAAAAAGAAAAUGCUUUAAAUGUUGUUCAUUUACUUUCAUUUUUUUCAAUCGAAUCUAUUCUAUAUUCUUUCCUUGGGCUAUUGCGCAGAGCUUUUUACACAAAAAAAAAAUAUUUAAAAAUAAAAAAACACAGGAUAAAUCAUCAAAUAAAUCAGAGUUGAAAACAAAAAUCAUGUUCAAUUUUUUUGGAUAAAUUGUCAAACGAUUCAAUUAAGAGUUCAAUUACAUAGAUGUUAAAAAUGAAACGAUAAAAGUAAAAAACCAAAAAAAAAAAAAAUUAAAUGAAAAUCCUACUAAGCCAAGUAAAUUAUAAUGAUUACCGAAAAAAUUGUAAUUGUGAAGUGCAAAAUGCAAGGAAACGGAAAAAAGGACGAAUUGUAAAAGAACUAAGAAUGAAUUGCGGGCAAAAGGCAAGGAAAAUGAGGAUUACAUUAAAUCUUAAGUCGAGAAAAUCUCAAAUUAGUUGAAAUAAAAAUACAUGAAAAAAAAAACGAAUGAAAUAAAAUAUUUCAAAAUGCUAAAAAUGUGGAUGUUUUAUUUGGGUUAUUGAUCUUUAUAGUUUGAAUUUCCCGCUACGUAUUUCUUAUCGAUAUUCAUCGAUAGGCAUAAAGGUAUGAGGGAGGCAAGUGCACCUCAACUUUAAGCCGGGAGUUGCAUGAGAGAAAACCAGUAUUUCAAAGAGAAAGCCAGAGAGUCAGAGCUGUCAGCCAAGAUCUUUCAAGGAAAUUAACAAUUUUUAAAGAAUUGAAAUAAUAAAUAAAACAAGUGUAAAUUAUUUAUAUCUAUUUAUUUUUACAUUUAAAAAAUAUUGUUUCUUUAUUUAUUAUUCCUUACUUGUUUAAUACAUAUUUAAUUACGGCAGUAUGGAUAUUUCUUAGGCAUUUAAAACUAAAAUAAUAAUAAUUCUCAUUAUCUUAUUAUAUUCUUAAGGCAAAAUAUAUAAGCAAAAAUGUACGACUUAUUAAAUUCAUUUGUUUAUGUUGCAUGUUGUAUAAAACACCUUUUCUUUCUUGCAGAAAAGAUUUAAAAAAAAUUAAUUUUCAAAAUAAAACAAGCAUUUUUGUUUAAUAAAUAAUAAAAUCCCUAAAAAAUAUGCUAAAUAUAGCGGAAACAAGUAAAGCCGCGCAACACUGAUAGAGAGAGCCUGCUGUUUAAGCCUGAGAGAGCGGGAGAGAGAGCAUUCGGCAAGAGUGCAUGCAAACGCCAAGCGCAGCCGCAGCGGCAGCGGCAGAGCGAGAGAGUGGCCGCGAGAGAGUCGGAUCGGCGAGAGAGAGAGAGAGAGAGCGCCCGUGCUGCAAGCUAUCGAUAAAGCAGUAUUCCUCUCUCGCUCGCCCACAGCUGCACCAUACACAACGUGUAUGCGCUCUCUGAGAGAGCGAAGAGAAAAUACCAGAAAAUACUGCAGAUCGGGCAAUCGAUAUUUCGAUACAAACAGAUGGCAGACGUGCCGCUCCAGUGUUUUUUUUUCUCAACGAACUUCGGCGCUGGCGGUCGUGUGUGCGCUCGUUUGAAAAGUAAAAACCACCAAGCACAAAAUUAUUUGAAACAAAAACACACGCACGGAUAACACAAAAAUUAAGAAUUAAAUAAUAAAGCUAAUAGCGCAAUAAAACGAAUAAACCAAAUAAAAAAUAUAUAUAUUUUUUUUUGAAAGUGAUUGCACAAAGGAUAACGAAUUACAAACGAAACGAAAGAGGCGAAAAAAAAAAAAGAAACAACCGACAAUCAACCGAAACAGGAGCCAGAGAAUAUGGCGUUUAAAAACGCUACGAAAACGCUUCCAAAAGCGCAAUUAAACCAAAUAAGUCGCUGAUUUUAAAUAUAAAUAAUUCUUAAAAAAAGGAUAUAAAAA